UGUUUUGUUACAUUAGUCAACCCGAAUAUUUACUUUCAACGAACAGACAUUUGUUGUGUAUCGCAUUGUCUUCAACGCACGGGAAAUUAAUUCUAUUUUAUUGUUCUCUAUAUCACCAUAAAUAGCUAAUAAUCGUUACAUUAUUUUAGUCCAUUGAAACUUUAUUAAACGCAAAUCCACAAAGAAUAUGGCACGUGGUCAUCAAAAAAUUCAAUCGCAAGCAAAGGCCCAAGAAAAACAGGCCAAAAUGAAGAAACAGGCGGGACACAGUGCCAAUGACCAAAAGAAAGCCGCACAAAAGGCAUUAGUCAUCAGUUGCAGUGUGUGCCGAUCACAAAUGCCAGAUCCAAAAACGUAUAAACAGCAUUUUGAAAACAAACAUCCAAAGUCCGAAAUGCCAGCUGAUUUGAAAGAUGUCGUUGCUUGAGAGGAAAUCGCGCCAGUUUGAGCACACUGUCAAAUAAAACAAUUUUGGAAAACCGUAAAAUAAAUUUUAAAAUAAAAUGAACAUAAAAUAAAUCGAAUGAACAUUUCUGUACAAUAAUAA